AUGGGCGCAAACAGUGUCAGCAAGGUUGCCAAAGCAACAGAUACUGUCACUCAUCACUUGGCAUCAGUACUGCCAGCUGAUGGACAGCCGUGGUAUAAGAGAGCUCACCUAAUAAAGCUCAAUUUCAUCAUCUUGUCUAUGAUCCUCCUAUGUGAGUCCACAGCAAAUACGUUCGUGAUCGUGGAUAUACUGACAGAUCCAGCGUCGGCCAACGGCUAUGAUGGUUCAUUGAUGAACGGUCUUCAAGCACUUCCUAAAUGGAACAAAUUUAUGGAUAACCCUACUGGUACUUGGCUUGGAUUCAUCAAUGGAAUUUAUUGGAUCUGCAACGGUAUCGCUUUCUUCAUUGUCGCUUGGACAUGCAACAAAUAUGGUCGGAAGGCAGGUAUCUAUGCUGGUUAUGUCCUUCUCGUUGUUGGUACGAUACUCCAGACUGCAUCUCACAAUCGCGGGAGCUUCAUUGCCGCGCGCGCCAUACUUGGUGCUGCCGCGGGAUGCUUUGCAAACGGCGCACCACUCAUCAUCAACGAAAUUGCAUACCCAACCCAUCGAGCGAUCGCGGCCUCUUGCUUCCAAUGUGGUUUCUAUAUUGGCAGUCUCAUUGCAGCGUGGGUGACGUUUGGAACUCGGAACUAUUCCAGCUCCUGGGAUUGGAGACUUCCGUCAGUCCUUCAAAUCUUGCUUCCUGCUUUGGCCUUCCCUGGUCUGCUCAUGGCACCAGAGUCACCCCGGUGGUAUGCAUCCAUGGAUCGCAUUGAUGACGCAAAGGCAGUUCUGGCCAAACAUCACGCCGGUGGAGAUUUCGACUCACCGCUUGUUAGGUUUGAAACUGAGGAAAUAGUCAACACCAUCAAAGCCGAACAACAAGCUCACUCGACCACGAGUUACGCGGACUUGCUCAAAACAAAAGGCAACCGAUGGCGAUUCCUCAUAUCUGUAUCUUUGGGAGUAUUAUCUCAGUGGUCAGGCAACGGAACCGUCUCAUAUUAUUUGACCCUGGUCCUGAAGACUGUUGGGAUCACUAGUGUGACAGACCAGACUCUGAUUGCGGCAUGCCUACAAAUUUGGAACCUACUUUGGGCUGUUGGUGCUGCUUUUUGCGUUGAGAGGAUAGGACGUCGCCCACUAUUCAUCAGCUCUGCGGUGACCAUGCUUAUCAGCUACAUAAUCAUUACUGGGUUGUCGGGGUCGUUUGCACACACUGGGAAUGCUGCUGUGGGUACCACGGUGAUCCCAUUCCUCUUUGUCUUUUUCGCGGGCUAUGAUAUUGCCCUGUAUGUCGUCUUCUCCACCUCUUAG